GUGGAUUGAUGCAUGCUCUAUUGUUUUGUUAAGCCACCGCUAUAUUUGCCAUGCACUGGAGAAAAAAACCAUGAAUCUUCCUUCGCCAGUCGCACUGCCGCUAUACCACAGUAUUCAUUCUUUCACCUUCAGCAACUUCUAACUAGAUGUCAUCCAACCCUCCCAAGGGCCUGUCAGCGUCUCGUUGGGCAUCUGGUGUGACGUCGUGGCCACGCCCUCCCCCUACGACAUCCAACAGCGCAAGGCAACUCGAUGUUGCAUUAUCACGGCGGGCCCACCCGUCUUCAACUCACAAUGAUCAACCGUCGUCACCCGAGCAGCAAUUAUCACGUUUCUUGAAGAUAGUGUCCCGCUUGAAAUGGAAAAUACCCUUCUUGGAAGCUGGUUACGCAAUGGCUAUGGAUCGAAUGGGCAAGUCACAGCAGGAAAUCGAUGCGAAUGAAAUUCACUUCAAGCUCGAUUUUCACGAAUUCUACAUGCUGAUCGAGCGGACGAUUGUUCAUCUGAUGGGCGUUUAUGACAUUGUCAUCUACGCCCAGUCAGACCCCAACGGCAUAGGGUACGGGGUUGGGAGUGCCUCCCAGAGUCAUAGUGAUGACUUUCGCGAUCGUACCCAACCGCAUAGGUAUCACGAGAACGUGUUAAUGGCUCUUGAUGACCCUGCCAACCCGCUGCACCAGACAUUAGGACAACCGGGGAUACGCCAGCAGCUUGCUCGUGCCAAAGAGCUCAGGAAUCGAUGGAAGCAUGCUGACAAAGCUGAUACUGGGCGCUUCGUGCCGGCGCCGUUAGAGGCCUACAACCUUGAAGAGAUUUUGCAGACCAUCUUGCUGGCGCUUGAGCAAGCGUACAUUGUUACCGAGGCGUUUGUACGGCAACAAAAUCCGAGUUCCGACCAGACUCAGCCUGUAAGCACUGCUGACUGGACUACGGAUUCACACGACUGGGGAUUUAUUGUUGAUGCAAUGGAUUGGGAGGGGGUCUAGGAAAUGUAGAGGCUUGGUUUCACAUCGGUUCUGAUACCUACUUCACGUCGACUGAUGCUUGGUGCCCAAUGCAAACGGUUCAUUGAGCAAUGUGUUAGAGAGUAUUGGUACGAAGCAUUGAUACCGAGGCCGGUGUGUAGACUAUUGUAUAUUUGCUUUCCUUGAGUCGCGUUCACUUGUGCAUAAGCUGACUUCUGGAUCGAUGAACGAGAAGAUAGAACCUCCGAUAGCAUGUAGCUUCCCUAUCGUGAUUAGAAGAAUUAUAUUUUUACAUCCGUAUGCCGCGUCCUUUGCAGCCCUUUCCUAUCAUUGUCAUCUAUUCACAACCAUCUGAUUAUAACAGCUCUCUUCAUUGUCAGUUUCGGUUUCGCGUAAGGUAGCACAGCUUACCACCACAACAGAUGUUUGAAGGGUAUCAGCCGUAGCGUUUUAUGACCUACGAGCAGGCUUUGUGGACUGGCUUGAGAAAUGCUACAUAGUACCGUACCUAGUACUCCUAGGUACUUAGUCAGUACCUAACCAACUGCACACAUAUGCACUGCCGCUUACAGGGGAGCGCCUGCGCACCCACUACGCUUAGUCAAUUGGAGUA